AUUUGCAAAUGUGACAUGAUUUCCUAAACAACUAAAAUAUAACCUUAAAAUGUACAAACGUAAUUGCUAAAGCUAACUCAUCAGUCGCAUGAGUGUAUUUUACUUGAUUUUUGUAACGUAUUGAGUAUCGUGUGUUAGUUUCAGUGGUAGUUGACAAAUACAAAGUUUGAAAGUUCAAUUAUUGCAAUGGAUCAAGACGAUGUAAGUAAAACAUUAUAACAAUAUGAUAGAAUAAUCAUGAACUUAUAGAGAUCUUUAAAAGUUAUUAUAUAGGAUUCAUAGUAGGUAUAUUCUUUAACAUUUAACCCCUUGAGUCAAAGUGGUAUUUUAUUGAAACCACCGUUUAAAUAAUGUGCCAACAUAGAUGUUUUGAUGAUAUAUUAUAAUAUUUGAAUAAAGAAUAAGUUUUAUAUAAAUAAAUAAAAAAAAAUAUAAUAAUUUUUGUAUUAUAAAUCGGUGUAGUACCUAUAUUCAAAUAUUUACUACCUACCUAAUAUUUUUGUUAGAAAUUUUGUUCAAAAAUAUUUCUUAUAUACCUUUUGAAAAUAUGACAUCCUAUUUAAUGUAUCCAAGCAAAGGUUAUUUUAUUAUUAUUAUAAUUAUAGUUAUUUUAUUGCAUACAUUUUGUUCUUUAAAAAAAUACGGACUUUAGUUAUAAUAAAAAUCCAGGUUGCAUACAAAUUAUCAUUAAAAAAAAAUCCUAUUUUAUUUUUAAUCCAUUUAGGAUUAAUUUAAUUUUAAUUUGUUGUGAUGUAUGUUACGAUAAAUUAUUUCUAAGAAAACAGUUGAUACUAUUUUGAGUGAAGUUUGAUUGAAAAUGUUUUAAAAUGCUCUUAUUUUAACAUUUUCAUUGUAAUUUGAAAUUGUGAUGCUCAUAAAAAAAAUUACUGCAUUACGCUCAACUUAUUUUGUAAUAUGAAUUGCAAUUUAUUAUUAAUCUCAUAUAAAAUUAUAGAAUAUUUCUGAUUGAUCUACAAUUUUAUCGACAGAAAACUAAAAAAUAUCAAAUAAUUUCAGAAAGUUUUGAAAAGAUGUAGAAAAGUUUUAUAUAAAUAAUUUAUGAACAUUUUAGUUCUUUACUAAUAUUUUUAACUGAAUUACAAAAAAUAUGAAACUCUUGUUUUUUCCAGUUAUUAAGGAAAAUUAAUGUUGUAGACAUUUUUUUUAAAAUUAGUCCAGUUUGAAGCUACCUUAAGAAUAAAUUUGAUUCAUAAUACAUGUAAUUAUAUUUAGUUUUUUUAACCUUUAAGUGGCUGUUAUAUUGCUUUAUAUUGCACUUUUGAAAAAUUUGGGCUCAUUAAUUAUAUGAUUUAUACAUAGAAGUCUAUUAGUUUAUAAUCCUGUUAAUUUAUAAUACUAUCUUAUUUAAUGUUUAAAAGGAUUGGUACUUGUUUGUUAUCAACCCGCCAAAUAAUACAAAAUAAAAACAAAAAAUAAUUAAAUUGUUUAUUAUUAUAGUAUAAAAAUGUAAACAAAAGUAUUAUAAUUAAAUUAAUAAAUUGUAUAUGACAAUAGUAAAAAUGAUAUCGCAUGAUAUAGUAAAAAUUAAUUUAAAUUAGGAUGGAAGCCAGAACUCAGAAAUAUCCUUUUAGAUAGUUUAAAACGCAUUUUGUUCUCCAAGUUUUAUAUUUCGCAUUGUUUGGCGGGGCGAUAAAAAAUAAGUAUCAAGAGAUUUUCUUUUUGAGUGGUAUCAAUGUGAACAUCUACAACACUUAUAGUUGGGAUUGCAUUAUACAAAUUUGAAAAUUUAUUAUGUAGGUAUCGGAAAUAACUAUUUAAAUUACCUAAUUAAAAUUCUAAAGGAAAUAUUUAAUCUGGUUUAUCUGAAACAUAAAUAUCAUAAUUUAGACUUAGGAUUGGCCUGCAAUUAAAAAAUUUAAAUUCCUUUGAAUAUGAUAUUUUAAUAUAUAAUUUAAUACUGUUUCUUUGAAAUAUUUAUACCAUUAUUAAUUAGACUAGGCAUAGUUGAACACUACCCUCUCCUCUGUUUGUGCCAAUGAUUAGUAACAAAUUAUAUUUUACAUUAUUUUCAUUAUUUUAUUUCAGAUUGUUUGGUCUAUUAUUAAAGAUACAUUUUGCUCAUUUAAAAUCAAGUAAUUUAUUAUACAUUAAGUUAUACCUUCCAGUUAAUUUUAAUGUCAUCUACACAUUUUUUUAGGACAGACACAACAAGUUUUUGUCGAAAUGAAUAUAACCUAUCAGGGUUAUGUAACCGCACUCAUUGUCCAAUAGCUAACAGUCGAUAUGCUACUGUAAGAGAAGAAAAGGGUAUUAUUUAUCUCUUCUUAAAAACUGCUGAAAGGUAUAAAUUGUUGCAUUUUCUUACUAAUUAAAGUUUUGUUUUACUUUUUAUUUUUUUGUCUGUAGAUGUGCAUAUCCCAAAAGACAAUGGGAAAAAAUAAAAUUGUCAAGGAAUUUUCAAAAAGCAAUACAACAAAUGAAUGAGCACAUGUUAUAUUGGCCAGGCCCAUUGAAAUCUAUGUGUAAACAGCGGUUUGUUCGAAUAACACAAUAUUUGAUUCGAAUGAGAAAACUCAAACUUAAAACUCAGUAAUUUUUCAUUUAGAAAUUUAUCAAUGUUUAAAAAUAAUCAAUUACCUAAAUAUUUUAGGAAAGAAAUAGUUACUAUGCCAAGAAAAGUAGAAAAACGAAUAAAAAGAAGAGAAUUCAAGGCAGAAAUAGCUGCACGUCUAGAUAAUGUUAUUGAGAAAGAGUUAGUCGAGAGACUUAAAAAAGGAACGGUUUGUGAAAAAUAUAUAUUUUUAGUAUUGCUUUGAUUUAGUACAAAUAUCUUCAAACUUAUUAUCUGUAAAACAUGUUUUUGUAAAGUAUAGUACUAAAAGUAAAGUACCAAAAUUUUCUUAGUGAUAAUGAUUUAUUGUGUAUUAAUGUAUUACUGUUAUUAAUAGUAAUACUUACAUUAUUUAUUUAAAUAAGGGUAUUUUAACCAGUUUUUAUUUUGAGAACCAUUUGUUCAUUUAUUACUUGUUCCUCUAAUACUAAUUAUAUCUUCAAUGAACAUGUUUUCAAAUAUACUUAUGUAAAUAUAAUAAUUGUAUAAAUAUUUCUUGUUGAGAUAUUGACAUACAAUGUCAUCAGUAUCCAUAAAGUGAGUGUUGCACUCAGGCUAAGACUGCUUGAACCAAAUUAAUAAUUUUAUUAUUAUUGUAUUUUUUUUGUUAGAUUCUGAGUGGAAGGAGAAAUGUAUUGAUUUUACAAUGAUGUUUAUUUUUAUUUAUUUAUUUUUUUUUUUUAUGUGAACAUUUUCUACCAAAAAGCAUACUCCGAUUAUCAAGUAUGGUACUCUUUUCGAAAUUAAAUUUUCUCUGGGUACUUUAGAAAAGUUAUUUUUUGAAUUUCUCAUUAAUAUUCGAGAUAAUAAGGAAAACCUUGGUAUUUAGGUUAGAAAAGAUUGAAAGAUUAAAAAUAAUAAUGUCAUGGGCAACUGUUUUUAUUUAUUUUUUGUUAUUAUUUUAAUCUUUUUUAAACAAUCAUUGUUUUCAUGGAAACGCACAGUGUUUUAAUCAUUGUGCCAUAAUAUGACAAAGCAACAUUUUCAACUGAACUCUGCUUAUAAUCCUUUUUUGUUAGCAAUAGUGUAUCUUUGCUUACAUAUAUACAUGAAAUUCUUGUCUGUAGCCUAUUUUCCCCAAUUCUCUCCUACACCAAUGGCUGCACCCACAUGCAAAGUAUGGCGUCCUUUUUUUAAAAUCUGAAAGUUAUUACUAUAACAGUCAAAGAUCUUUAAUAAUACAUUUCAAAGGUGUACAUGAAUACUUGUGGUGUAUUAAUAAUUGUUAUAUAUUAAACAUAUAUUUUUUUUACAGUAUGGUGAUAUGUAUAAUUUAAAUCAACAAGCAUUUGAAAAAGCUCUAGAUAAAGAGGGAGAAGAAGAUGAUGUGAGUAUUUUGUAAUAAAUAAUUACUAUUGAUUACGAUUAGAUUAUGCCUACAUUUUACUGUCAUUUUUUGGUCAAACAUAUGAUCUGCAUUAGAUGGAAUUAAUACAUUAAUUAUUGUACAUAAUAGGGUGCUAUUUAUUUAUAUAAAGAAAGCAUAUUUUGAGAAUUCCAGGUAAAGAAUUUAUUUUACAAAUUGUUCAGUAUUAUUGUAGCAGUAAUUAUUUCCUAAAAAAAGAAAAAAUUUGUAUAAAUAUAUUUAAAAAUAAUCCCAUUUUAACAUAUGAGUAUAUAUAUUUCAAUUUUGCUUUUUUGAAUAACAUUUGGAGUUUAUAUCUUUAUAUGUUAAUUAUGUUCCAACUAUUUGUAAUGGCUGCACACUUCAAAAUUAUUAACAACAACAAAAUAAAUGGCACUCUAAUACAUAUAUAUUAAAUAACAAAAGUUAUUGUAUUUUAUGUUUUAUUUUUUGCUAAACAUAACUUGUGAGAUUCAUAGUCUGCAUUUAGAUUUGAAUGCAAAUAUUUUAAUACUAUUAAUUCACAUAAGUGUAGUAUUUUAUUUUAUAUAUAAAUCUAUGUAACAUUAAGCAUUUUCUCUCCAUUUUUAUGGUUCAUUUCUCGUAUAUUGAAAUUCUGAUUUUUGAAAUUUUGAAGUGUUUUAAAUGUCCUUGAUAUGUAUCGGAAUAUUGUAUUUACAUGUAUAGAUCUGGUCUCAUUCCAUUUAGUGUUUUAAAUUUGUACAAUAACAUUCAGUGUUCUGUGUUCAAACUCAUCCUAGCUGGAGUUUGCAACAAUACAUUUUUGAUUGACAUAAGCUUAAAAUGGAAGUGUAUGAAUAUGUUAGUUCAUAUUUCCUUAUCCUGAUUGAUAGAAAUUAGGGAUCAGAUGUGUGAAAGGACCUUAAAGCUGGUAUUUUCGAAUAUAUAUAGAUUUUUUACUUAUAAACCUAUAUUAAAAAUUCCAUAAAUAGAUUGAGUAUUAUUUUGAAUAAAUUCUGGUUAUGAUAUUUUUGAUUUCUGUUAACCCGAUGAGGAUAUAUUCCACUUUAAGCUUGGAUAGUAGAGGAAUUAUGGUGAAUUACUAUAAAACUGCCACUCACUGUUCUACUACACAAAUUAUGCUUUUUAAAUGUUAUCCUCAGUAUUUUAAAUUUUUGUUCAAAUUACAAUUGCAAUACAUCACAAUUAUCUGAUUUACAAUAUACAUUAAAAUUUGUAGGUUUUUAUAUAAAAAAAACCAAGUUAGGUAUCAUUACAAAAUAGUUCUUAAAUGUUGUAAAAAUCUAAGUAUUUAAAAAUAUCUUUUACCACUUAAAAAUACCAAAAAUCAGAAUUUGAAUGCAUACAAAAUGUAAUGAUAAAAUUGUGGUGAGCAUGUUUAAUGAGUCUUUAAUCAGUCUGUUUGUUUAAAUACCCAAGGUAUCUUAUUAGUUUUAAAUUAUACCGGUGUCCCACCAUAUUUGACAGAUUUUUCUUAAAAAAAAAACAUUUAUUUAGCAAAGAAUUUAAUUUUUAUUUACACCCUUUUUUAUCCUAAAAUAAAAAUAACUAUUUUUUCAUUAUAUAAAAUAUGAUAUUUUAAAAAUUUGAAUUCAUCAUACAUCAUAUUUGAUCUUUAGCCAAUUGUUAUGUAAAUAAACACAUGGGUAUUUUUUAUAUAUGCAUAGGAUAUUGAUGAAUACACAGCAGCAGAAGAAUCUGAUAUUGAAGAUAAUGAUGUUGAAGGUGAAGAAAUUGUUGACAGUGACAUGGAAGGUGAAUCAAACACUUCAGAUUUUGUUUUCUCAGAUGGAGAAGGACAAGAAAUUGAAGAUAUAGAGGUAUUAUUAAUAAAACAUAUUCAAUAUAUCUUAAUAAUGUUAUAUUUUAUUUAUAUAUUGUUAAUAGGAAAUUGCAGCUAAGAAAAUUAAAAAGAUCAAAUCUAAGAGUAGACCUCAUAUCGAGAUUGAGUAUGAUAAUGAAUUAAAUGAAUAAUUAAAUUUAAUUGAUCAGCAUAUUUGUUUAUUUAUUGUAAUCAAAAUGUUUUUCAAUAAAUGUUGUAUAACUAAUAAAUAAUGUG